AGGAAUCCCUUUUUGAACAGCCCCCAAAUAUUUGCAUGUUUCAUAUUUUUCUUUUUUUAAUGAAACAGAAGAAAGUUGGUAGAUUUUUAAAAUAUAUUGUGAAGGAGGAAAGACUGUGAAACACAAUUUAUCUUCCACUACUAUAUUACUCUACAUAGGAAUGUACUCAUCUUGGAUACUGUGAACAUUAAGAUGGUUUGCAAAGUUCUCAAAGUAAUUUCCUGAGUACAUUUUUAUUUGAUUUAUAUAUUUCUGCACUAACGAUGGACUUGGAUUUAAUAAUCCACUCCCCUGCUAAUGUUCCUUUAUUGCUGUAAUUUCCUAUGUUUGCAAAAUAUGCUCAGCCCCGUACAGUAAGUAAACAAGAUGUUUAUUUCUAUUUAUUUCAGCCAUGACUUCUCAUCAUCCUCAAGAAAUUUUACCAGAGCAGGGAAUAAAAGAGAGAGAGGGAAGAUAUGGAAAGAGUGACCUUCACUAUUUACAACUAAGAAAACAAUGGGAAAAUAUAGCGAAGACCUGCCAAUGUGAAGAAUGCAACAUACUGAAGAACUUCAUUCAACAUCACAGUGUUCAUACAGGAGAUAUGCCAUGUAAAGAAUGUGAAAAAACUUCAAAUAAAAGCUCCAAUCUUAUUUGUUACCAGUGGACAUACACUGGAGAGAUGCCCCACAUAUGUAAACAAUUUUGCAAAGCUUUCAGUCAAAAACCAAGCCUUAAAAAUCACCAGAGAAUUCAUAUUGGAGAGAAACCCUACAAAUGUAAAGUGUGUGGCAAAAGUUUUAACGCAAACUCACAUCUUGAUCGCCACAACAGGAUUCAUACUGGAGAGAAGCCCUACAAGUGUAAAGAGUGUGGCAAAAGUUUCAGUCAAAAAUCAUCACUUGCUCAUCACCAGCGAAUCCACACUGGAGAGAAGCCCUACAAGUGUAAAGAGUGUGGCAAAGCUUUUAAUAGCAUCUUAUAUCUCUAUUGCCACAACAGGAUUCAUACUGGAGAGAAGCCCUACAAAUGUAAAAUGUGUGGCAAGAGUUUUAAUCGCAUAUCAUCACGUACUCGGCACCAGCGAAUUCACACUGGAGAGAAGCCCUACAGCUGUAAAGUAUGUGGCAAAGCUUUUAAUAGCAUCUCACACCAUAAUUAUCACAAAAGGAUUCAUACUGGAGAGAAGCCUUACAAAUGUACAGAAUGUGGCAGAGCUUUUAAUAGCAUCUCACACCAUAAUUAUCACAAGAGGAUUCAUACUGGAGAAAAGCCCUACAAAUGUGAAGAGUGUGGCAAAAGUUUUAAAACAAACUCACAUCUUAAUAACCACAAGAGGAUUCAUACUGGAGAGAAGCCCUACAAAUGUAAAGUGUGUGACAAGAGUUUUAAUCACAUAUCAUCACUUACUCAGCAUCAGCGAAUCCACACUGGAGAGAAGCCCUACAAAUGUGAAGAGUGUGGCAAAGCUUUUAAUAGUGCCUCACAGCAUAAUUAUCACAAAAGGAUUCAUACUGGAGAGAAGCCUUACAAAUGUAGAGAAUGUGGCAAAGCUUUUAAUAAAUUUUCAAAACUUAGUUGCCACAAGAGGAUUCAUACUGGAGAGAAGCCCUACAAAUGUGAAGAGUGUGGCAAAACUUUUAGUCAAAAAACAUCACUUACUCAGCACCAGCGAAUCCACACUGGAGAGAAGCCCUACAAAUGUGAAGAGUGUGGCAAAACUUUUAGUCAAAAAACACCACUUACUCAGCACCAGCGAAUCCACACUGGAGAGAAGCCCUACAAAUGUAGAGAAUGUGGCAAAGCUUUUAAUAAAUUUUCACAACUUAGUUGCCACAAGAGGAUUCAUACUGGAGAGAAGCCCUACAAAUGUGAAGAGUGUGGCAAAACUUUUAGUCAAAAAACAUCACUUACUCGGCACCAGCGAAUCCACACUGGAGAGAAGCCCUACAAAUGUGAAGAGUGUGGCAAAGCUUUUAAUACCAUCUCACAUCUUAGUUGCCACAAGAGGAUUCAUACUGGAGAGAAGCCCUACAAAUGUAAAGUGUGUGACAAGCGUUUUAAUCAAUCAUCAUCACUUAAUCAGCACCAGCGAAUCCACACUGGAGAGAAGCCCUACAAAUGUGAAGAGUGUGGCAAAGCUUUUAAUACCAUCUCACGUCUUAGUUGCCACAAGAGGAUUCAUACUGGUGAGAAGCCGUACAAAUGUGAAGAAUGUGGCAGGGAUUUUUAUCAAAAAUCAUCACUUACUCAACACCAGAAAACCCAUCCUAGAGAGAAGUCCUAUAAAUGUGAAGAAUGGCAAAGCUUUUAAAAUUGAAGAUCACAUCUUAGUAACAUUAUAGAAUUUAUACUGGAGAGAAGUUUUACAAGGAAAACAUUGCAUCAGUGUCUUUAACGAUGAAUCAACCCUUAUUUCACAGUAGUUCAACACUAUUUCACACCAGAGAGAUGAUAGCACAGAAAUUAUACAAGUGUAAAAUAGGUGUCAGAGUCUCCAACAGUUGUUCACACCCUACUCAACACCUCAGAAUUCAUACAAGUAAGAGGACAUGUGGAAAAAUUUUUUGCAACACUGGAGGAUUUAUACCAUAUAGAAACCCAAAGAAUGUGUACAUGACUGUAUUCAAAUUUCAGACAUUUUUCAGUUUCUUACCUCAUACCUGGAGAAAAUGUGGAAUACCAUUUGUCCAAAGUAUGUACCUUAGAUAACAGCAAAAUAUUUACAAAAACACUUUGACAAGUAUAAAAAUUUGUAGUAAAUUUCUUAGCUAUAGCCCAUCCCUUGAAGUAUUUGGGACCUAGGGGGGAAAAAAUCAUUUAAAUGUAGAAAAUGGGUAAUUGCUUUUGACAUUUGCUGAAAAUUUUCUUAACCUCUUUAGCUGAUAGUGUAGAAAUAAGGAAAUACAAAUACAGAAUAGUGCAUCCCUAAAAGGAUAUAAUUUUACUAUAAAUCAACAAUUACUAAAGAGUCUCAUUUUUCACAGCUGGAGAAAACAAUUCUCAAUGUUGAUUAUUACAGAAGUCUCAAUGUUUAUAUGAAAUUUUAAAUUUUUAGUUUUUAUUUUUGUACUUAAACUUAGGGACACUUAAUCAGUAAACUGCAUCCACAAAUUUUUUUUCAUUUUUAUUUAGAGAUAGGGUUUGCUAAGUUGUUUAGGGCCUCACCAAGGUAUGGAGCCUGGCUUUUAACUUUCAAAGCUUCUCACGUCCCUAGGGUCACAGGCAUGGACCACCAUGCCCGUUUUACAGAGCAUUUUUACUUAAAUUGCAUCCGUAAGGCAAAUAUGUUACUAAAUAAAGUGAUUUUCUUAAUGUUAACCUUGUCAUGCAUUUAAUGACAUUAUUAGGUCACAUACCCCCCAAUAUUCACUUUGCUAAUGGAUCAAAUAUAGCAAAACAUUCUAUUGGGUAAAUAAUUCUAUAUCGUCUCCAUGGAUUAUUUCAUAUGUUUAAUCAACUUUUAUUUGGGGAAUAUUUAUGUAAUUAUAUACUCUGUUUCUAAUUAUGCAAAAAUUAAGGUACAGGAAGGACCUAGGAAUACUAAAACAAUGCCCAGAUAUCCCUAGUUUGAAUUACAACUUUAACAUUUCACCUUGUAGAGUUGCAGUACUCCCUAAGGGAUCUACAAAACUGAAGAGUUAUACAAGCUCCCAAUCAGGGAGAUGAGAAAGACCCAAGAGAGUAGAAGCCAAUGUGCAUAUUCAGGUAGAAAAAGGAGGGUUACAGAAGGGGGAAAUAGUCUCAUUGUUUCCUGGGGAAAAUCCUGGUCCAAAGGCCCAUCCUGAUUUUUGGACUGAAGAAACCUUGCAGUUGCUCAUGAAUUCUAUGAGAGUCAUCACUGAGGAGACUGUACUGACCUCAAAUGUUGGAAAUACAUCACAAUAUAGGACCACCUCUUUAGUCUUGGAUACCCAGUAGAAAAGUGUAACCAGAUACAUGUAAAAUGAUGACUGUAAAAAUAAAAAGACAUACUAUAGGAGCAUUUAUGCCCCCACAUUUUUCAUUUCAUUAUAUAUUUUGAUUUUUGUAGACCGUUUUCGUUCUACUUACUUACAAUGUAAUGUUUGUUAUACUUAUUGGAUUAUACGAUAGAUAGCAUGUGUCAUGGUCUCCCAGACCCCUCUACAACCCAGUAAUUAUAAGAUACUAUAAACUAACCCUGUCCCUCUUCAGAUCUUACAGCUCCAGGAGCCCAUGACACCACAGAGAGAGAAAUACAAUUUUGAUUGAAAUAAACAAGUCCUGUUCAAAAAGUAAAAACACAAUAUUCUCUGCAUGUCUUUGGGUCAAGAAAACACCAUCCAAAAACAUUUCAUUUAACUUUAUGUGGAAAAAUUAAAUAUUGAAAUGAUAAAUUCUAGGAGAAUAAUAUUCACACCAUUCUUUAUUCCAAGAGGUAACUCUCUAGGUUUCAUGCUUAUCUCCACGCCAUGUUAUUUUACACAGAACUGGCUUCAUUUUACAUGUGAGAGUUAACUAUUAUUAGGCCCAGAGGGAAGAUUCAGUACUAGAGGUCUAAGGAAAAUACUAAAGAUCUUCCCUUUGCAUGUGCCUGUAUGAGUCUGCAUAUCCUUUAUGAAACAGGUAAAUAUUGCUGAUUUCUCAAUACAUCUGGCUCUGUGGCUCAAUCAUUGGAACCCCAAUUUAUUUGGUCAUCUCAAGGCUAUCACUCCCUCCUUGGGAUCUUACCUGUUAUUGACAGUGUUCUUCAGGAGAUCACUAGGAGAUGCAAGCCGUUUCUAACUUGUAUUUAUUCAGCCCCACUUUAAAUACAAGUUAGAACAAUAAUUCAGACUCUCACCUGUGGAGAUGAUGCUCUGCCCAGGACUUCCCAGUCAGGACCCUGAAAAGCUGUUUGGGACUUUCCAGUACAUAGGUUCAGUGUUGGGGUUUUCCUAGUCUGACAAUACAGUUGCCUGUGUCUGUUACUAUGAAAGCAAGAGAAAGCAAAAGUAUUACUCAAAGAAACACUGUCUGGUAUGAAGAGAGUGUUGUCCUUAUCUAUUGGACCUGACCUGCCAAGUUGAGCAGCUGCCCACAUACUGAAUGUCACAAACACAUGUAUGUGUUAUCUAAUCAGUAACUAGUGUAUCUUUCAACUGCAUGAUUUUUUAUUGCAUGCGGGAGGAAAUUGAGAAUGCUUUCUUGAGUGCACACAGAACUAUUAAUAGUAUUCAUAACACUGCUAUGUAAUGUUUUCUUUCUAGUAAACUUGUAAGUAUUGUUCUUGUGCUGCUUUGUAAAACAAAUAGAAAAGAGUUGCAAACCAAAAAUUUUGUGAUAAUAGAUAGUUGCACAGACUGACUUGGGCAACUCUAUUUACCAAUGUUUGUUAUUUUGUAUGGGCUCAAGGUACUUUUAUUUAACCUUAAUGACAUUAGCAUUUAUUGAAGAGUUUUUAACUCACAAAACUUCUCUGUAUACAAAUUUUCCGUCAUCAUUUUUAAAAUUUCUUAUUCUUUUUAGGUAUACAUGACAGUAGAGCAAAUUUUGACAUAUUACACAUACAUGGAGUAAAACUUAUUUUAGUUAGCAUUCUAUUCUUGAGCUGUACAUGGUGUGAACCUUCACUGGUGGUGUGUUUGUAUGUAAACAUAGAAAAGUUGUUUCUGAUUCAUUCUACUGUCAUUUCUAUUUCCCUUUUCUUCCCUUCAUUCCAACUUUGUCUAAUCUAGUGAAUUUCUAUUCUCUCCCCCACCGUUGUUGAGUGGUUUAACAUCCAUAUAUAUGUAUAUAUUAUAUUAUAUGUAAUGUCUGUUUCAUUCUACUAUCCUUCCUAUCCCCAUAUCCCCUCCCCUCCCUGCACUCCUCUCUACUUAUUCUAUAGUAACUAUUCUUCCCCACCCCUCAUUGUGAGUUAGCAUCCACUUAUCAGAGAAAACAUUUGGCGUGUGUGUUGGCUUAUUUCACUUAGCAUGAUAUUCUCCAACUCCAUCCAUUUACCACCAAAUGCCAUAGUUUCAUUCAUCUUUAAGGUUAAAUAAUAUUCCCUUGGUGGGGGGAAUAUAUAUAAUCACAUUUUGUUAUCCAUUCAUCUGUUGAAGGAAACCUAGGUUGGUUCUAGGGUUUAGCUGUUGUGAAUUGUGCUGCUAUAAACCUUGGUGUGGCUGUGUCCCUGUUGUAUGCUGUUUUUAAGUCCUUUGGGUAUAGUCCGAGGACAGGGAUAGCUGGGACAAAUGGUGGUUCCAUUCUGGUUUUGCAAGGAGUCUCCAUACUGCUUUCCAUGGUGGUUGCACAAAUUUGCAGUCAGUCCCAUGAGUAAUGUGUGAGUGUUCCUUUUCCCCCACAUCCUCACCAACAUUUAUUGUUGCCUGUAUUAAUCUUUGCCAUUCUGACUAAAGUGAGAUAAAAAAUUAAAGUAAUUUUGAUUUACAUUUUCCUAAUUGCUAGAUGUGUUGAACAUUUUUUCAUGUACUUGUUAAUGGAUUAUAUUUCUUCCUGAGAAGUGUCUGUUCAGUUACUUAGCCCAUUUGUUAAUUCAAACAACAACAAAAAACCAAUUAAGUUUUGAGUUCUUUAGAGAUUAAUGCUUUAUCUGAGGUAUAUGUGGUAUAGAUUUUACACAAAUCUGUAGGUUCUCUCUUCACAUUAUUGUUUCUUUUGCCGAGAAGCAGCUUUUUAGGUUGAAUCUAUCCCAUUUAUUGAUUCUUGAUUUUUAAUUCUUGUGCUGUAGGGGUCCUGUUAUGGAUGUCAGAUUAUGGCUUAAUAUUUACCUCAGAUUUUUAAAUGGCAUCCCAAUUUCUUGAAUGUUUCACUUUUAUUGUUUCUCUUACUAUCUUGCCUUAUAGAUCUACAUGUUCUAAAGGGUCAUGAAAUGAUCUAGCUUGACAUGCAUGAUUUUCUGAUGACUGUUAUUUUUCAAUAAGUAGAUAUAUAUUUCAAACAAUCUGAAGCUACAAUUUCAGACUCUUUAAUUAAAGCACAUACAUGCCUUGUGUAGGAAAUAUUCCAUCAGUAGAUCAACAUCAAAUCUAUUAUAUAUAUAAAAAUAUAUAAAAGUCUGAUUUCAAAUGCAUGCACAUCCACUCCAGAGCUUGGCCCAGAACACUUACUCUAUAUUAGUUCUACAUUUUAGAACCUCCGUGAAAGCUGUUAUAAAUCCAAAGCCCGAAACACUCCCCAUUCUUUUUUUUUUUUAUGGGGGACAAUGAAGUUUGAACUCAGGGACACUCAACCACUGAGCCACAUCCCUCGCCCUAUUUUAUGUAGAGAUAGGAUCUCACUGAGCUGCUUAGUAAAUCUCUUUCACUGAGGCUGGCUCUGAACUCAUCAUCCUCCUUCCUCAGCCUUCCAAGCUGCUGAGAUUACAGGCAUGUGCCACCAUGCCUAGCUCCUAAGAGAGCCUUCCUUAACUGAUUGGAACCCACUUGUUCAGUGUAUUGUGGCCUAAUCCUCACAAUUAGAGAUGAAAUUAUUUUCCUCUUUAUUAAAAAUCAGGGCAACUUACACAAAGAGAUUGGAUUCAACAGCGCCUAGUUAGGGGUCCACAUUACAAUAAAGGUGUGGUCUGCAAUUCUCCUCCUCUCCAAAGAGAGCUCUUCUUGGCUCCACAAAGUUAGGAGUAUUCACCAACCCUCUGCCAUGCUCAUUCCAGAAGCCUCCCAGGAGGCGAGUGUAUAUGAGGGACAGUAUUUCAGGUGGCACCUUGAUGAUCAUUGGGCCAUGCCAUGGAUUAAGGCAGAGCCCAUGUCAGAGGCUCAAAACUUUCAUGUGGCUGGUCCAGGAUAGGGGCUGCCUGAGGGGAUACUUUUCCUCCGCCCUUGAUGUGUCUUGCCUAACUGUGUGUAUACUGAAAUACUUGUUCAACGACUUGCACUCUUCCUAUUUUAUGUUUCCCUCUCAUGUGGUUUUGGAGUUCUCAUGCUUUGGCAAUUAUUGUGACUUUUGUCUUCAGUUUUACAACAUCCUUCAGCCCAUCCAUGUGGAAUUUCUGUCUGUGGAUAUUAGUUUUCAUUUUAUAUAUUUCCAUUUAGUCCAAAUUUCCAGUUACCUCUAGAAAGAACAAAUGUUUGAUUCAUUAUCAUGCCUGUACUAACCCUUCACAUGUUGAUAAUGGUGGUGAUUAAGAACUAUCUUCUUAUUUCUACAACUGGAACAUCUUCCAUCGCAAUAUCAGUCAGGAAAACAGACCCUCCUGUAGGAACAUUUUGGUUUCCCCCUAAUGAGAGCUUGGGGUCUGUAGAGAAGUGCAUGGGCUCUCUCGUACCCUGAGGAGGUCCACAGAACAGAGUAGAGGAGAGUGUGGCUGUGGAGUCUCUAAUCAAGACCUCCAGACACCAAGCAGGAAGCAGGUCUGAUUUUAUUGUGCAGUUACCAUGUAUAUGUACUCAGGCAGUGCCUAAGCAAAAUAUAGGCAACCACCAAUGCAAUGUCUGCUAACAGUCCUUGCAGUGAACAAUCAAGGAGUGGGACUGCAACACAUGGCCUCGUGCCCAGAGCUGUGCCGAUGGGGUAAGCAGUUUGCCACUCACACGCCUAGCAUGGGGAGUGGCCUGCCAUGCAGACACCCUUAACCUAUGCCCUGUAUGCAGUACUCCAUGCACUCGUCCCCACAGAGAAGCACUUCUGAGGCUUUCUUUCUUGACUUUAAAGAACAAUUUCUCUUCUAGUGGCCUUUCUCAGGACAUAUUUAAAAUAAUAGUAAUAUAAAUACCAUAGAUGUAAGUGUGAACCCUGAGCUGUAUUUUCAAACCCUGACAAUUUACAAAAGCAACCCACGGAUCUCACCUCUACUUCUCACAAAGAGCUGCCAUUCAUUCAGUCAUGUCUUGCCUAGGGUUUGCUCAUCAUGUUACUGGAGGGUGUGUGUUGAAGCAGAGGUGCUGGGUGAUGGUGUUGCCCUCUCUGAGGUGGCAGUCAUUUCUUCCUAGUGCUCUUCAUAGAUUCCCAGCACACAAAGAGCCACAGGUCAGAGGUUUCUGCCGAGGCUGACAUCAGUCCCAAUCCUACUUGCUUGAAGCAAGUCCAGUCUCAAUUCUCCAUCUCCCUUUUGUCUGUUUUUAUGUUACCGAAUACCAAGGGGACAUGGGGAGGGUUGGCAGUAGUGGUGAAGCUGAGCUCUGUGAUGAGGACAACCGCAAGCUGUAAGUGUGCACUUGAGUUGAUAAGGGUUGAGGAAAUAGGAUCUGUCACCCCUAUGAGCAGGAUGGUGCUCACAGUGCAUACGGGAGAAGAGAUGUUUCUUCCUCUCACUUUCACCCUAGAAUGUGCCCACCCAGAGGAUCCAAAUAACCCUAACAUGCAGCAGGGUGUCCUUCUCCUGUAAUUCUCUCUACAUCUGUCCUGACCACCAGCUCGUGUCCACUGCCUGAGCAGUCCUCACUAGAUGGUUGCAACACAGAUGAUGGUGCAUGUAUCACACAGCCUCCCCUGACUUUAGUGACAGCACCAUAUCUAACAUGACUCCUUCCUGGAUCCAGAUACUAGAGGGAGUCUUUACUAUCAGCUCUAACAAACAAAACUUCUGAUUUUUUUUUUUGAAAAUUUCUUUUUCAUGUGUGAUCUGUUUUUUCUCAUCUCCUCACUUGGCCUUUUCUUCCUCUUACCAUAUGUGAAUUCUUCAAAUGUAAUCAAUGUCGGAAAUCUGUUUGAUUCCCUGUGAUUUACACAUCCUUCCACACAGAAUGCCCAAUCAAGCUGGGAGGCAGCUUGAUUUCUCCAGUGCAUAAAGGACAUGAGUGCCCAGUACGAUAGGGCAUUCCUGGACCAAGCUGGAAGCAUCACUCCAUAGACCCUUGUUUGAGGGGUGUUUCUCAGAUUACCUCCCUGAUAUCAGAGAGCUUGUGUUAUGUCUCAUGAUCUCCUGG